GGCAACAGCGUCCUAGAGACGCCGAACGGGCGGCCCCUCUGAGACCCCGCGGCUUGGGGUCCGCGCACGCGGUUGCCGGCCCAGCUAGGCGGAGAAUCGAGGAGGGGGCCCCGGGCUCAUCACAGAGGAUUGGAAGGGCCUAGAUUACUGCUCAAUGACAAAAGUGUGGGCUUAAUGUCCUCACUCUUCAGGGAGAGAAUGUGGACUCUAGCAUUUGAAUUGAAUAUUUGAAAUUGAAGAUUUCUGAAUAGGAUUUAAUGUGCAAAAUGGCGAUUAUACCGGACUGGCUUAGGUCGCAUCCUCACAUGCGAAAAUUUACACAUUCAAGACCCCAUUCUUCACCAUGUAGAGUAUAUUCAAGGAAUGGUUCCCCAGAUAUGUUCAGAUCUUCUUCAACCACAGCUGUUGCAAAUCCAACACUGUCCUCCUUAGAUGUUAAACGGAUUUUAUUUCAAAAAAUUACCGACAGAGGGGAUGAGUUGCAAAAAGCCUUUCAGCUGCUGGAUACUGGUCAGAACCUGACUGUGUCAAAAAGUGAACUGAGAAGAAUCAUCACAGACUUCCUGAUGCCGCUCACGCGAGAACAGUUUCAGGAUGUGUUGGCUCAGAUCCCCCUUAGCACCUCUGGUACUGUACCAUACCUUGCCUUUCUGUCCAGGUUUGGUGGAAUUGACCUAUAUAUAAAUGGUAUAAAGAGGGAAGGUGGGAAUGAAAUGAAUUGCUGCCGCACGUUAAGAGAACUUGAAAUCCAAGUGGGAGAAAAGGUUUUCAAAAACAUUAAGACUGUUCUGAAAGCCUUUAAGCUCAUUGAUGUUGACAAGACUGGACUGGUUCAACCGCAGGAGCUAAGAAGAGUUCUGGAGACCUUCUGUUUGAAGUUAAGAGACGAGGAAUACGAAAAGUUUUUGAAACACUACAACAUCCACAACGAUACUGCAGUAGAUUACAAUGUGUUUUUGAAGAAUCUCAGCAUAAAUAAUGACUUGAACCUUAGAUAUUGUGUUGGAAAUCAAGGUUUUCCCUCUGUGCCUUCUGGCCACCGUGGGAGGCCUGAACUCUGUUUUCCAAUUCCUAAAACUGAGGUCUCAUUGGAGAAUCAACAAGCCAAAAAUUCCAAAAAGGAGCGUUUGCUCAGUUCUGCAUCAUCUGAAGAUACCUGGAGAAACUACUCCUUGGAUGAAAUUGAGAGGAACUUUUGUCUAGAACUUUCAAAGUCCUAUGAAAAGAUUGAAAAGGCCCUCAGUGCAGGGGACCCCUGUAAAGGUGGCUACGUGUCUUUUAAUUAUCUAAAGAUUGUCCUGGACACCUUUAUAUACCAAAUACCAAGAAGAAUUUUUAUCCAGUUAAUGAAAAGAUUUGGACUUAAAGCCACCACUAAAAUCAACUGGAAGAAAUUUCUAACAUUAUUUCAUGAGCCUUGGGGGUUGGAAAUUACCAGUAAAGGUCCCCUGACAAAAAGAAAUAGCAUCAACUCUAGAAAUGAAUCUCACAAGGAAAACAUCAUCACAAAGUUAUUCAGACACACUGAAGACCGCUUUACAUCACUGAAGAAAGCAUUACUGAUAAUCAACACCAAACCCAAUGGACCGAUAACAAGGGAAGAAUUUCGACAUAUUCUAGAUUGCGUGGCUGUAAAACUAAGCGAUUCGGAAUUCAAAGAACUAAUGCAAACGCUUGACCCUGGGAACACUGGAGUGGUCAACAUCAGCGUGUUUAUUGAUCUGGUUGAAAAGAACUCUAGGAUGAGAAAAGCAUCUCCCUGUACAGAUACUAAGACACCUUUCCUUCUGGCCUGGGAUUCAGUGGAAGAAAUUGUUCAUGAUACAAUUACUAGGAACCUACAUGCUUUUUAUAAUAUGCUACGGGCAUAUGACCUUGGAGACACAGGGCUCAUUGGCCGAAAUAAUUUCAAGAAAAUCUUGCACGUCUUCUGCCCAUUUUUAACGAAUGCACAUUUCAUAAAACUCUGCAGUAAGAUCCAGGACAUUGGUUCAGGAAGAAUCCUUUACAAGAAACUUUUGGCGCACAUGGGAAUGGAUGGCCCACCCACUGUCUCUCCAGUUCAUGUUCCCAAGGAUCAGCUGUUAAGUGGACAUUUACGGAAAGAUGAACAGCAGCAGCCAGAUCUUUCUGAGAGAACCAAGCCCACGGAGAAUAAAACCACCCAGAUCAAGAAGAUGACCACAGAAGAAGUGAUUGAAAAAUUCAAAAACUGUAUACAGCAGCAGAACCCAGAAUUCAAAAAACGAUUUCUUGACUUCAGCAAGGAGCCUAAUGGAAAAAUUAACGUGCAUGACUUUAAGAAGGUACUGGAAGACACUGGGAUGCCCAUGGACGAUGAGCAGUAUGCCCUGCUGACCACUAAAAUAGGCUUUGAGAAGGAAGGGAUGAGCUAUCGUGAUUUUGCGGCAGGAUUUGAAGAUCCUCCAAUGAGAGGGCCGGAAACCACUCCACCGCAGCCUCCAACUCCUUCGAAAAGUUACGUGAACAGCCACUUCAUCACCGCAGAAGAAUGCCUGAAGCUUUUCCCCAGGAGGUUGAAGGAGUCAUUCCGGGACCCCUACUCUGCCUUCUUUAAAAUAGACACUGACAGGGAUGGCGUAAUCAACAUGCAUGACCUUCACAGAUUGCUCGUGCACCUACUGUUUAAUCUCAAAGAUGACGAAUUUGAGCACUUCCUUGGCCUUCUUGGCUUGAGACUUAGUGUCACUUUAAAUUUUCGGGAAUUUCGAAAUUUGUGUGAGAAGAGAUCACUGAAAACAGAUGAAGCACCUCAAAGACUCAUUAGACCAAAACAGAAGGUCGCGGAUUCAGAACUAGCUUGUGAACAGGCUCAUCAGUAUCUUGUUACCAAAGCAAAAAACAGAUGGUCAGACUUGUCUAAGAAUUUUCUAGAAACCGAUAAUGAGGGCAAUGGCAUUCUUCGACGCCGGGACAUAAAGAAUGCACUGUACGGUUUUGAUAUUCCCCUCACACCAAGAGAGUUUGAAAAGCUUUGGGCAAGCUACGACACCGAGGGAAAAGGGCAUAUUACUUACCAGGAAUUUUUACAGAAGUUGGGUGUUAACUAUUCACCUGCUGUCCAUCGGCCCUGCGCAGAGGAUUAUUUCAACUUCAUGGGGCAUUUUACGAAGCCACAGCAGCUACAGGAAGAGAUGAAGGAGCUGCAGCAGAGCACAGAGAAGGCCGUGGCAGCCAGUGUACUUUCUUUCAGGGAUAAGCUUGUGGACUGCUAUCAAGAUAUCAGCAAAGCAUUCACCAAAAUCGAUAAAUCCAAAACCAACUACAUAUCCAUAUGCAAGAUGCAGAAGGUGCUGGAAGAAUGUGGCUGUUCUCUUACGGAAGGGGAGCUGACCAAUCUGCUAAACAGCUGGGGAGUCAGCCGGCAUGAUAAUUCCAUCAAUUACCUCGACUUCCUGAGAGCAGUGGAGAACAGCAAGUCAACAGGAGCUCAGCCCAAGGAAAAGGAAGAGAGCAUGCCAAUCAAUUUUGCAACGCUGAAUCCACAGGAGGUUGUGAGGAAGAUCCAGGAAGUAGUUGAGUCCUCCCAGCUGGCUUUGUCCACGGCAUUUUCUGCAUUGGAUAAAGAGGAUACAGGAUUUGUAAAGUCUACAGAAUUUGGACAAGUUCUUAAGGAUUUCUGUCACAAACUAACGGACAAUCAGUAUCAUUAUUUGUUGAGGAAACUAAGAAUUCAUCUAACCCCCUAUAUAAAUUGGAAAUAUUUUCUCCAGAACUUUAGCUGUUUCCUUGAGGAGACAGCUGAGGAGUGGGCUGAGAAAAUGCCCAAAGGCCCACCGCCUACCUCUCCCAAGGCCAUGGCCAGCAGAGACAUCCUGGCUCGCCUCCACAAAGCAGUGACUUCCCAUUACCAUGCCAUCACCCAGGAGUUUGAGAAUUUUGACACCAUGAAAACGAACACCAUCUCCAGAGAGGAGUUUAGGGCCGUUUGUAAUCGCAACGUCCAAAUCCUGACAGACGAACAGUUUGACAGACUCUGGAACGAGAUGCCAGUCAAUGCCAAGGGGAGGCUGAAAUACCCGGACUUCCUGAGCAGGUUCAGUUCCGAGACAGCAGCCACACCAACAGCCACUGGUGACUCAGCCGCGUCCCAGAGAGGGAGCAGUGUCCCCAACAUCUCGGAAGGCAUCAGAUCUGCCCUCUCAUUGCCCAAUCAGGAGCUGAGACCAGGGUCAAAGUCGCAGAGUCACCCCUGUACUCCAGCGAGCACCACUACGAUCCCGGGCACUCCGCCCUUGCAGAACUGUGAUCCCAUAGAGAGCAGGCUCCGGAAGAGAAUCCAGGGCUGCUGGCGCCAGCUCCUGAAAGAAUGCAAGGAGAAGGACGUGGCCAGACAGGGGGACAUCAGCGCCUCCGAGUUCCUGGCUCUUGUGGAGAAAUUCAACCUGGACAUAAGCAAAGAGGAGUGUCAGCAGCUCAUUAUAAAAUACGACUUAAAGAACAACGGGAAAUUUGCAUACUGCGACUUCAUUCAGAGCUGUGUCCUCCUGCUGAAAGCAAAGGAAAGCUCGCUGAUGCAGAGGAUGAAGAUCCAGAAUGCACACAAAAUGAAAGACGCUGGCGCUGAGACGUCAUCUUUUUACUCUGCUCUGCUGCGUAUUCAGCCCAAAAUUGUGCACUGCUGGAGGCCGAUGCGUCGCACGUUCAAAAGCUAUGAUGAGGCUGGAACGGGGCUGCUAAGCGUGGCAGAUUUCAGGACGGUCCUGAGACAGUACAGCAUCAACCUCUCUGAGGAAGAGUUCUUCCAUAUUCUGGAGUAUUACGAUAAGACACUGUCUUCAAAAAUUUCCUACAAUGACUUCCUCCGGGCGUUCCUCCAGUAGACACCCCUGCCAUGCACGCAGCGGGACGACAGCCACAGGGCCUGUGUCAAGACUAAUAAAAUCCUAUAAUUUGGGGAUU